GCGUGGACACAUGUGAGAAGCUUCGAAAGCCAAAACCACUCUUGUCGUCUUCCCUUCGUCUUUCCAUCGCAGCUGAGGCGUUGACUACUGCUGCAGAGGUCAAGUUGCAAGUUGGCCUCUUGCACGUUCAUUACUUUGAUUCCUUCACCUUCUCCGUUUUACGACUUCAUAUAGCAAAGAAUCACAAGAGUAGUUGUAUCAGCUGCAGUGGUCUGAAGGAGGGGUAGAGAAGAGCGAGGGAUGGCGGACUGGGGGCCGGUGUUCGUGGCGGUGGUGCUCUUCGUGCUGCUCUCACCGGGGCUCCUGUUCCAGAUCCCGAGCAAGGGGAAGGUGGUGGAGUUCGGCACGCUGCAGACGAGCAGCGUCGUCAUCUUCAUCCAUUCCGUUCUCUUCUUGGCCCUUGCCGCCGUCUUCAUGCUGGCGGUCGGCGUCCACGUCUACUUAGGCUAGCUCGCUUCCUCUUUCUUAAGAGACCUCCAUGCAUGCAUGCAGGGCAAGAACAAAAGUCUUCCUUUUUUUUCCUUUUACUUGUAUUCCUUGUGAAUUGAUUGCAUGGUUUUCUUCAUCUUCAUUCAACAUCAUCUGUAAUUCAUAUCCUAAAUCCAACUACUUACUGACUUCCAAAUA